AUGCAGGCCGGCCUCGAUUCGAAAUUCAAGCUGGCGGAAGAACAACAUAUGGCAGUGAACUCCGAAUUGAAGAACCAACUGCAGGAACUCAUCACAAAAGAAGACUUCGCGAAUUCAAUAAAGGCUUUGCAGACCAAACUGGAUGCGAGAUUGGACAAAAUGGAGGAACUUAGGACUAUACAAAUUACAGCCGAUGCCAACGAUGAACUCAAAAGCCUGGUAAAUACCAUGAACGACACCAUAAAAGACUUGCAGAGUCAGUUAAAAAUAUCCAAAGGUCAAACCAAAAGCAAAGAAGAUAUUUUAAAGGUGAAAGAGGAGCACCUUACAAAUAGAGAUAAACAAAUCUCGACCCUUACGACUCAAAUUAAAGCGAUUGAGAAAACAAAAUCAGAACUAUCUUGUCAGCUUUCGGAAUACGAAAUAAAACUCAGGGAGAUGGAACCAUUUAAGGUGUCAUGUGCGUCGUCUCCACCUGGUUGGACUGUAAUGCAGAGACGCAUUGACGGAUCCGAGAACUUCGAUCGAACCUGGGAUGAAUAUAAAAAUGGUUUCGGGAAUGUCAGUGGAGAAUUCUUUAUCGGGUUGGAAAAAUUGCAUCGGAUGACUGAGGCACAACCCCACGAACUCUACAUUAAACUUGGAAAGGUUGAUGGAUCCACCAGCUACGCUCAAUUCAAUGAUUUUAAGAUCGGGAGUGAGGAGGAAUCCUACCAGUUAAAGAAUCUAGGGAAAUAUUCUGGUGAGGCCGGAGACUCCCUCGAAUACAAUAAGAACCAAAAGUUCUCCACAUUUGAUCGGGAUAAUGACAAUUAUAGUGAAGGAAAUUGUGCCUCUUCAUUAGGUGCAUGGUGGCAUAAUAGGUGUUCAUCAAGUAAGCUCAAUGGAAAAUACUUCAAUGAUGGCAAAGGUUGGACUGGAAUUCAUUGGCGCUCAUGGCAUGACAACGACUGGGAGAUAUCUCUUACCUUCGCUGAAAUGAUGAUAAGGCCCAAGUCCUUAUGA